GGAUCGUCACAAAAUCCAACCGGUCAGACCGGCCCACCACUGGGUCCUGGGCAAGCCGGACAACCCCCCGCUAGUCAGCAACCGUCAUACCCCGGAGUUCCCACCAUUCCUUACUAUUAUCCUCAACCGUACUCGCAAGCGCCCUACUAUGGCCAGUAUGGGGCGUAUCCUCCUCCCCAACCUCAGUACAUGAAGUAUGGGGCACUGUAUCAGCAUGGGCCUGGCUCAAGCCCUGCGACGCAUCAACAGCAGGCGAGCAAGCCACCGAGUAGCAUCUCGGCCCCUUACGGCUCAAACCAAUCGCAGCACGUAUAUCAUCCUGGUCAGCAGAGCGGAUAUGACGAUUACAGCCAGUCAGCGGUCGGUUUAGGAGAUCCUUACGGCAAGCCGCAAGGACAGGGUCAAAUUUAUGGCCAAGGUUUGCAAAACUCGCUUUCACUCCCAUCUGGAGGUCAGAGCGGGUACGGGUCGUCCCCGGGUCACAGCAGGCUAGUUCCCAGCAACGGGGCGCAGGGUCUCAGAGUUCUUCUGAUGGCUAUAAACAGUAUGCGUCGCAGGCUGCCAACGGCGCUGGCUCUCAGGACAAGGCUCAGCAGAAUCAGCAACAGGGACCGGGCCCACGUGCCGGAAGCGUCCCUGGUGCAGGAGUUGGAUCUGGCCCUCAGCAGCAGCAACAGGGUCAGGGACAACAGGCUGCGGGAGGAUACUUCCCUAACCGGUACGGACAACAAGCUCAGACCCGCUCAUAUGGUCCUCCCGAACAGAACUAUUACCAACAAUAUGCGCCUCAAUAUUGGCAGUAAACAAAAAUAUAAUUCCGAGCCAUUGAAUCCUGGUCUACUUCAUCUGGGAGGAGCUAAAAAAAA